AGACAAAUUAUCUUCAAAAUAUUAAGCUUUGAUACAUGAACGCGUUUGUGAAAUUUAACAGCAAUAUGUAGCAGUAAAAAUGUUUUGUCAGUGUAUUAUCCAUACCAUCCUUUAAAUUAGUUAAUCUAACGCGUUUCACAAACUUCCCAAUUUUUCCAAGUCUCGCCCAUCGCGGCAAGUAUCAAGACGUGCGCCCGUAUAGCGCGAUCGCAGUAAAUACAAGGUAAUGGCUAAGUACGCACGCCGAGUCGAGGCGCUCUCGGUGCAGUUGCAGUGUCGUCUAUGCACAAGCGGCGGAGAGUCGCAUCCCACCCACAAACGCUAAAAAAACACCCCCAAAACAAAAAAAAAUAUAUAAACAAAAGACUAUAUUUUCCUAAAAACUUACCAUAUCAUUCGAGAGAAGUAUUUUUUCAAGUUUAAAAAAGUGACAUAUCAAACGGAAUCUUAGGACCCUUUUAGUAUAUGAUAGCGUAUUUUGUGACAGCCGUGAUGUGUAUGUUAAGUGACAGUGCCGUAUACGGAUAGUGUAUAUGACAACGUGAAAUUCGUGAUUGGAUUUUUUUCUUUUUUUUACAAAAUUACCACCGAAGUGUCAAACUGGACCGAAGACGAGCAGGCCACCUCUGACGUAUGUCUAGAACGGGUGGCAGAGGAGUUGAUGGGUCGAAGAAAAUGGAAACUCUAUCAAGACGCGAUCCUACCCAAGCGCGACGGCGAGCCCUCCAGCGACGAGUCCAUGCCUUCCACGGAUCCUCCCCCAGCCUUGAAGAUCAAGACCAUAGAGCAGAUCAACGAGGACAAGCAAGAAGAAAAAAGGCCAGAGACGAUAUUAGAAAGACUGAUCAAGACCCCUGCUACUGUCCCAAAGGUGGAGAUGGUGGAAGAACCGUCAGAUUGGAAGCCAUCGGACAAGUGUUACUUCUGCGUGGAGGGUGAGGGUGGCGGGGAGGCGCGGCCGGGCGGCGCGGCGAGUCCGGCCUCCGAGUCCGACAGUAGUUCCGUGUCCGGCGCAAAGAGUCCGGCCGCUGCUCCCCCACAACUGCUGCAACACCUGCUACAGAUGCAGCUGCAGGCGCAGAGUCCGCAGGCUAUUGCACAGCUGCAGCAGAUGAUCGCGACGCUGGCCGCGCUGGGCACGGGGCUGGUUCCGCCAGCGCUGUCGCAGGCGUGGCUGAUGCAGCGGCUAGCUCCUCGGCUUCCUGACAGACUUCAAGAUGUAGAGAAGGCAUCAGCGCCGAGCGCCUCUCCAACUUCUGCCGAACAGCCCCUGGAUCUCAGCGCCAAGUCCACCUCCAGCACAAGCGGCACGCCACCGCCUGACUCCAAGGAUAAUGCCAGAUUGAAACGCGCAAUAAUCGAUGGCGGGGCCGGCAACAGCACCGCGCGGCGGAACUACACCGAAGAUGAGCUCCAGUCAGCGCUCCGAGAUAUCCAGUCCGGCCGGCUCGGCACCCGCCGGGCGGCCGUCGUCUACGGCAUACCCCGGUCCACCCUCCGCAACAAGGUCAACAAAUUUGGACUCGCCGCGGAACCCGCCGACUCCGACCCUGACUCCGACCCUGAACGACCCGACUCACCGCCCUCUGUCAUCCUCAAAAUACCCACAUUCCCACCUCCUGACGAUAAAAGCCCGUCACCCGCAACCCCAGCGGCACCAGUCGCCCCUGUAACUCCAAUUCUGCCGCCACAACCACCCCUGAAUACACCGUCUCCGCUCCUCCUGCCAGCGUCUGUCUUCGCUGACCCGCCUUCCUCUCAACAUCUCUUCACGUCGUUGAGCGACGUCAUAGCCAAGAGUAUAAGCCAGAAGUUCCAACAGCCGCUAGAAAGGCCUCACGACUUCAUGCGACUUCAACAAGACAGGCAUGUUUCUGUCAUUAAAACCCCACCAGAUAGCUCUAGAAAUUUCUCGGCUCCUAGUAACUCUCGCGCUCCUACGAACAACAAUGGACAACCCGCUACGGGCAAAGGAACUAGACCUAAGAGAGGGAAGUAUAGAAACUACGAUAGGGAUAGCCUGGUAGAAGCGGUGAAGGCCGUGCAGAGAGGUGAGAUGUCGGUUCACCGUGCCGGCUCUUACUACGGCGUGCCGCAUUCGACUCUCGAAUACAAAGUCAAAGAGCGGCAUCUGAUGAGGCCGCGUAAACGCGAGCCGAAGCCGCCUCAAGACGUUAAGCCGCAACCUCCAAAACCGCCGCCGCCGAAGCCGAUGACCAAGCCGUUCACCAACGGUCUCAACGGGCCCGAGACGUCCGGAUAUCCGCCGAGCUACUUUUGGCCGGGAGCUAGCUUCCCGGCUCCACCCGCGCCGGACCUUUACGCAUCGCAUAUGAUGCGUCGGCUUAGAGAAGAAGCGCCACCGCCGGCGAACGGGAGUUUUCUGGAGGGAAUUAUAAGGUCGAGUCUGGAAAGGCCGGGUGCGGCGUUGCUGCAGCGGUUGACAGGGGAGCCGCGACCGCCGGCGCCAAGCUCAGACGCACCGAGUCUCCUUCGGCGGCUAGCAGGAGGCGACGAGGAAGGUCCGCCGGCGCGCCGAGCUCGCAUCGACUCCUCGGACCGCCAGCUCGCCGCCGAGAUGCGGGAAGCGGUGCAGCGGCUCCGAGCGGACAAGAUGCGGCCCCGCAACGGGACGCCCACGCCGCCCGCGUGCGGGGCGCUGUCGCCGCCGCCGCCGCCCGCGCCGCCCGCCGCGCCGCCCGACCGCGCCUAGUAUCCGCAGUACUACCCUUUCCAGUGAUACGUGACGUAAUGGCGUCGCGUUCGCCCACGGAUUUUGAAAGACGUUCCGAUCUCCUCAGUCUUUGUGAUAAUUAUUAUGUAAAGUACAUUCCGUUGGGAGAGGGAAGCGGCCGAAACGUAAAUGUCGGCGUCAGCGGGCCUCGCCGGCCGCUCGGCCCCUCCGCGCACCGGUCGGAUCUAACUCUGUGCCUGGGCCGUUAAAGUGUGCCCGUCUCAAGUUUCUACGUUACAUUAGAGUGCAAUAGACUACAUCGUAAGGAUUUUUCAUACGAAACUCAUGCAUUAUUUACAUGUAUACUGUUGUAGUGACAAUAACGUUAGUUACAGGCUUUUUAUUACAUUACCGACGCUGGGUUUUCAUUUGUUCACACAACUAUAGCUACCGUAGUUCCGUUUCCGUUCCGCAACCGUCUUUAGUCCAGCUUUAUCACAUAUAUACAUCGACACAUAAUCACCAAAUAACACAAUAGUUACCUACAGACACACCCAGUUCAAUAUAUCACAGCUUUACUAUGAAAUAUCACAAUAAAUAGUUAUAGUACCACGUUCAUGCUCCACUCUUGGUGACUUACAGUGUUAUUCGCUGGGGUAAUAUAAAACUUUCAGGGAAAGACUUGUAGGAUUUCCAACGUCUUGUAAUAUAAAACUAUCGUUUUGUUAGUGACUGUUUGGCUGUAGAUAGCUUGCCGUGGGUGUUUUGCGACGGCGGCAAGUGCUUUUAAAAUUAAAAUUUAUUUGAUGUCUAUGAUAUCUGUCUGGGAGACGUUCGCAGCGAUCGCCUAUGGAAUGAUAGGUUAGGAUACCACUGAAAGCCACGGAGACAAACCAUUGUUCAAAUUCUGGCAAAUCUUUGAAGCCUCAUUUUUGACCUUGUGUUUAAGUAAAAGACAACCAAAAGUUAACGUUAUGAAAUUUAACUAUUUAAAUAAUUUUAAGUAAUAAAAACAAUGUAACAAAUUAAUUAUAAAGCUAGCCAUGAGUGUAAAUGUUAUCGAUUUUUAAGUGAACUAUUGCAGAUUUUGUGCGGUGUUUUUAUAAUUAGAUAGGUAAUAUAUUGAAUGAAAUUAUUAGCGCUAUUGGGUAGUGUGGUGGGUGCGGCUGUCCCUCUCUGGCGAGGCGCGCGAGCAGCGCGUGCGAGCGGGACGCGAUGCGACGCAUGCGCAUAUUCGGGGCACGAACGGACUUAUGUGCAAUUAUUAUUUUGUAUAAAAUAGUAAUUUAAAGUGUGUCUAAGCUAACACGUGGAUUUCCAUAUUACUGAAUGUGAUAUUUAGAUAUUACGAGUGCGGUCUGGCGAGCCGUGUCAUACAUACAUAUAUACACGUACGUACAUUAAAUACAUCUAGUGAACUUAUAUAUUUUAUGUACUAUUAUUGUAUCUUAAGAAAAUAUAUUCUUAUUUUUCAUGGUCCAAGUUUUAAAUGUUUUAUCGACUAUACAAAAAUAUGGAUAAUCAUUAUUAUAUUCUUGUCGACUUUAAAAAUUAUUAGCCCAAAAAUCCUCAAAAAAAAUUGAUAUCUUCAAAUUUGUGAAAUUUUUUGGUGUUAUAUCGAAAGUAUAUUAAUGAAGUACGAGAUGAAAAAAAUGUAUACGCUCUCCCAAAAGUAAAAUUUAGGUAAAAACUAUUUGGAUAGAAUUAUCGUACGAUUACUUAUUGUAAGUUAUGUGUAAAUGUCGCCUCAUGGAAAUUAAGAAGUCUUUGUAUUAUGUAUGUAAUUGAAAUAUACAUAUAUUAUAUACACGUUAAAAUUAUAUGUCCUAACCUUUUUCUUCGGAGACCACGACAUGCAAAAUAGGACCUGAAUACUCUCGACAUUUCGACAUUUUUUUAAUUUCAUCUUCAUUCUGACUGUAAAGGCGUCUACAUGCACUAGAAUUCAAAUUACAGUCGAAAUAUCCAAAAACGAAAUACAUAUCCCAAAUGCCGUGAUGUCGAAUGAAUUCUCAAGAGAAAAAAAAAAACAAAAAUUUUUAUAUUCAAAAUUUACUAGUCGAUAGCAUCUUUCAAUUUUGUUAACGUUUAUUUUCGAUGUCUUUUAAUGUUUAAGAUUACAUCUACAUUUAUUUAAUCUAUCAUGCAUUUAAUAUUAACUUUGUAUGAUGUAAAUCUGUCUACUUGUGACGUCAUUACCAUCGCCACCCCGGACCGCAUUUCGGUUGCGUUUGAGAAAAAUUCAAAAAUCGAACAAUUUAAUUUAAAAAUACGUACCUACACCAAUCUGUGUGUUACGCCUGACAAUUGUUGAUAGCUUAAAAACGGUUAAAUCAUGUAAGUUGUACAGAAAUCAUAGGAUGGGACAAUUUGCAAAGAGAAUUUUAGAUUUUAAUAAACAUUCCGUUUAGAAUGUUAUUAGAUUUUUUUUAAUUAUAAUAUAAAUAUUUUUUCCAUCGGGAACAAAUCAUUACGUUGUUUAAUCUUAUUUGUAACGUUAGUUAUUUUUUAAGCGGCUUUAUUUUUUAAUGACCUACGAUUAUAAUAUUAUAUUGAGAUGUUAUACAUGUUUUUUGUGCAAAGUGUUUGGGGCUUGAGGCCCGAAUAAAGAGAGUUGCGACUGAUAAGUAGUAGAAACAAGUAAAGUCAGGUAUCCUGGGACAUUAACCAGGUUACCUGGGCUCGGCCUGUACAAAUGGUUUACACCGCCUUAACACUUAAAAUGUUAUACGGCAAUCUCUAUUACAAGUGUAAAUAAUUACCAAUUGUAAAAACUAUGUACCUGUUAUGUCAAAGUGGAAGCGACAUAGCGUAGGUAUCAGAGGUCCUCCUCCAGUCACACUAACGUACGAAUUUACAAGUGCGACAGAGAGGCAACACGUCGAACGUGGUUCGCGGUAGGUCCUCAAUACAUCUAAAAAAAUUGAUAGUUUUUUUUUUUACGUAAUUGACGUAAAAAGAAAAGACAGCGGGGUUGCCAGCUUAAAAAAUGGCUGUUUCAUAUAAUUGGUUAAUUAUUUACAUCUUGAUGAAAAUGUUACUUAUCAUUUACCAAAUUGCAUUUUAAGAAUAAAUUCAAAGAACAAGAAUAAGGUAUAAAUGCGUAAUAAUAAAUGAAUUGUGACAUUUCGUCUUAGAGAUGCCGGAUUUAUUAGUGAAUCAUUUUUAUUGUAUAUUGUUCAAUCAUUUUUCCACAUAGUUUAAGAAUUUUAGUUAAAUACUGUAGCGUAAUUUUUAAUUAAUAGGUAGCCGGUAGUAAUUCUUUAAUAUGUUUGUUAUUUUUUUUUUGUAAAUGUAAUACAAUUUGCCGUAAGGGUUAGGUUAGGUCUUGAACGGUCCUCGACUGGUCCAGGAACAAAAAAGACAAUGAAGGGAAGUUGCAUUUUUAUCUAGAAACUUAGUGAAUCUUAAAAAUUCCACGAGACAUUUUUGUGAAAGUUAUUUUAUAAAAUACUUUUUUAUACACAGGUUUCCGAACGCAUGAAAACGUCGCGUGGAUCGCUUCAUCUUUCAAUUUUUAAAUUUGACAUUUGAGUAAUCAAUUUUUAAAUUUAAAAAUCGAAGGUCUUGUAAAAUGUUGCCAGGAGUAUGAUUUCUGAGCAAGUGUCGUGCGCAUGGUUGUUUUAUGCCUGUAUUUGUGUAGUUGACUGUAUGCCAACCAGACGGCAACCAUUUUUUGUACUGGCAAUCGCCAGUGAAAUAUGUUGCUUGUGGCAACACUACGAAGUACUUAGUGUUGCUAGCCUGAUUGAGAACGGUCUACAUUGACGCGUUUCCUCUAAGUAAAUGUAAGUUUCACCUUUAUUGUCACUAAUUGUUUUCCUUUACAACUGUAUGUAUUUCUAGAGGAUUAAUUUUAAUAAUUAUUGUAAUAUUACUACAAUAAUUGACUUAUUAUUAUUGACAUUUAGAAUUACUGAGGAAAGGUACGACAGUUAAGGUUUUGAAGUAAGCGUGGAAUGUUGACACAUUCGUUUUUUUUUAAAUUAUGUACAACACGAAGCAUUUAAUUUUAGACAUAUUAAAUAUAAUGUUAUCUUUAUAAAAUGAGGGAUAGUGUAAAAUUCAAAUACAAUAUUAUCAUCAUGUAUUUAUUAAAAAAGAAAACGCUUUUAACGGAGUAACAUCACACUGCUGAGGAUUUAUAACGAAAAUUUUUGCAUUGGAAAUCUUUGGAAAGUAAAGCUUUUUUUUGUGAUUAGAAAAAUUAUGAUUAAAAAUCAGGCAAUGGACCAAUAAUGUAUGACAUAGAAGACGCUGUUAUUUCCUAAUAUUGAUUGAAAGGCUCAUGUUUUUUUUUAAUAAUAUAAAUAGGUACCUAAUCUGCUACAGGAGCUAACAAGAUCAAAUUAUAAUAUUGUUAUUUAAUUAUUGAGUACAAGUUUUAAUGGAAUAUUUUUUUUUCAAUAUACCUUACUCGCUUCUAUAUUUUUUGUUAUUUUGUUCCUUUAGUUUUAUAUAAUUAUCAUUGUUUAGUUUUCUUAACAGAAUUAAAGAAAUCAAAACGCAUUCAUACAGCGUUUCGUUUAUUUUUUUUCACUAUAUUUUAUAUUUUCACUUCCUUAUUAAAGUGAUGGUUGAUGAUUUAUGAAAUCACCUCGAAUUGUUACGAAUUGGCGUUUAAAUGUGAUUGGCAUAACUUAAUUGUAUUAAAUCUAGUCAAAUUUUUAGGAAAGGGUGAGAAAAUUCGAAAAGCAAAGCUUAAGACAAAUUGACUGACACAUUGAUAGUUAAAAAACGUCCAAAACCCGUCGCUUGGCGACGCAAAAGUUGAUUUGAAAUUGUGGAAUUGUAGAUGACGUAUAGUGGGGUUUAUUGGGAUUGGCGCUUGUUUUACCUGGCAACACUAAUAAAGCACGCGCCAAUCCUCUCCGUGGAGACUAUACGGAACCAUUUCUUACGUAUACUUGUAAUUACGUAGCAUCAUUUUGAAGUGAAUUUUCCAAAUGUAAUGUCCUUUACUAUAAGAUCUUUAUAUCUUACGUUAUCUUGACGGCUGGUUAGGUAGGUGUAAAGAUGUGCGAGGAUAUUUAAAACCUGUAUACAAUAAAUUUCAUUCAUUUGUUGAA